GAAUAAAUGGGAUUGUUUCUGAUUUGUAAGGUUUCUCCAUCUCUGAUUCUGGUCCACAAGUCACACUAUUGGCUCAAGUUGAUUCUUUCAGACUUGUUUUACAAGUUGGGUUUUAAUUACAUGGGAUUUCCUCCUUUGGCUUCUGGUACACAGAACACGAAAGAGUCAUUCAGUUGAGAGGGAAUCUCAAAGCAGUUGGACACACAGAAGCAAGGACCUCUUCAUUCUUCAAGAGUAAAAUGUAUAGACCAAGAUCUACGCUCUCACCGCUAUCACCGUCAAGAUUCUUUAACCCCUUUGUAGUAGCUCUCGUUGUCAUAACAUCGGUGGGGCUCCUGGCCAUGAUGGCAGGACUACUUAUUCACUUUUUAGCUUUUGACAAGAAAGCUUACUUUUAUCAUAGCACCUUUCAAAUCCUAAAUGUUGAAUAUACUGAAGCUUUAAACUCACCAGCUACGCACGAAUACAGAACCCUGAGUGAAAGAAUCGAGGCUAUGAUUACUGGUGCAUUUCGAGGAUCAAAUCUAAGAAGUGAGUUUAUCAGGACCCAUGUUGUCAAACUGAGAAAAGAAGGGAGUAGUGUGAUGGCCGAUGUUGUCAUGAAAUUCCGAUCCAGUAAACGUAACAACAAAAGAUCAAUGAAAAACAGAAUACAGUCUGUGCUACAAAGGCUCAGCAGCUCAGGAAACUUGGAAAUAGCUCCUUCGAAUGAGAUAACGUCUCUCACUGACCAGGAUACAGAAAAUGUUUUGACUCAAGAAUGUGGAGCACGCCCAGACCUUAUAACACUGUCAGAAGAGAGGAUCAUUGGAGGCACUCAGGCUGAGACAGGCGACUGGCCCUGGCAAGUCAGUCUACAGCUCAAUAAUGUCCACCACUGUGGAGGUACCCUGAUCAGUAACUUGUGGGUCCUGUCAGCAGCUCAUUGCUUCAGAAGCUACUCAAAUCCUCAAGAAUGGACAGCCACCUUUGGUGUUUCUACAAUAAGUCCUAGGAUAAGAGUGAGAGUAAGGGCUAUUUUAGCCCAUGACGGGUACAGCUCUGAAACUCGUGACAAUGAUAUUGCAGUUGUGCAACUUGACAGACCUGUCACCUUUAGCAGAAAUAUCCAUAGGAUAUGUCUCCCAGCAGCAACCCAAAGUAUUUUACCUGGUUCUGUCGCAUAUGUCACAGGAUGGGGAUCUCUUACUUACGGAGGCAACACCGUCGCAAAUCUACAGCAAGGAGAGGUCAGAAUAAUAAGUUCGGAGGAAUGCAAUGAGCCAGCUGGUUACGGUGGAAGUGUCUUGCCAGGAAUGCUCUGUGCUGGACUGCGUUCAGGGGCUGUGGAUGCAUGCCAGGGUGAUUCUGGUGGUCCGCUAGUACAAGAAGACUCACGGCGGCUUUGGUUUGUUGUGGGGAUUGUGAGCUGGGGAUAUCAAUGUGGCCUGCCAAAUAAGCCAGGAGUGUAUACUCGAGUGACAGCCUACCGCGACUGGAUUAGACAGCAGACUGGAAUCUAGUGCAACCAAGGAAAGCGUGCCGUGAAUUAUGUAUCCAAGUGUACCUGACUCAGAUGUCAUAGCUUUGCAUUUCAACUGCAAAAGAAACUGGAAAUGUCCCAUUUGAACAUCCCAUUGCAUAAAUAUGGUUUAACUGUUUAGUAUUUCUUUGUUGGUACGGAAUUUUACUUUCUCAAGAAAAAACAAACAAGCAAACACUUAUGAACAUGGCCAAGUAAGAGAGGAAAUAUGUUAAGCUAGUAACAGGUUGACCGUUUUAUUACAGGGGUGUUAAGGUGUAGUAGUGAGAAAUCAGAUAUGUUAGUUAGGUCGCUAUUUUACAGAAAAUGGUAGUCUUAACAUUAAAUUUGUGAGGCUGUUGAACAAAUAGAGUAAGAACUGUAGCCAUGCCAAGUAUUUGACAUCCCCAAACAAAUCUCCCAGGAUGUCCUUGCAUAUUGAACAAACAAGUUAAAAUUGUUGUUUUCAAAUGAAACCAAGAAGCAGACUUACAAAUAGUUUUAGUGGUGGAUUUUCAUUUUAAAUAUUUUAUCUACAUAGAAAAGAUGGGUCUCCUCCAUGGAGAAGCUGAGGUGAUGAAUCCACAUACCCUCUUCAGCUAUGUUUGCAACCACAAGAUUCGUUGGAAAGAAAUCCCUACCACCAACUUCCUACUGUUGGCAUUGUUUUUUAGAGUAACAUGAUGCUCAAUAGCAAAAUUUAAGUAGAAAAUUUAAAAGUUAAUGAUGAAGAAGAAGAAGAAGAAGAAGAAGAAGAAGAAGAAGAAGAAGAAGAAGAAGAAGAAGAAGAAGAAGAAG